CUGUAUGUUCCUGGAGAGGCCGGACCGGUGCAGACGCCCUUGCAGGCCGCCCGAGCGCGUUCGGCGUCGCGUGAAAGACAGCGACCCCACAGACAGAACACACUUCACAUGGCGACACAGCAGGACGAGCGCGGCGUGCCCCUUUCCGUCGCCCACGAGCUGCAGCAGUUCCGCCUGGUUGAGCUCCCGCCAGAAAUCGCCGAGCUGCUCGAAGCCCCGAACCCGCCUGCACUCUCCAUCAAAUCCCAGGCGCCCUCCGCGCCCUCUGGCACGCCAAACCCCAAGGCCGCGUAUGCCGUGCUCUGCACACAGGACAAAACUUUCCAGCUGCGUCAGGUGCAGACGUCCAACUCCCUCUUCGUCACCCAGCCCGCGCUCGAGAGCCACGCCAGUGAGCCAUCGGUCCCGACGACACGCGUGAUUGCCUCCUGUACUGCGACGCUAGAGCUGCAUCCAGCUGAUGGCGCUGCUGCCUCUUCCUUGGAGGAACUGUUGCCGAUAUACCAUGUCGUCGGUGGGGAAGUGGACGCAACAGAGAAUCAUAAGAGCAAGGCGAGCAUAUUCGCCGAUAUUGCGCUGUCAGACGGCCAGUGCGAGCAGGCAUGGAACGAGCUGGUAGCGUUCGAAUUGGCUGGAAGCUCCUAUCGGCCAUCUGCGAGCACUCUUUCGCACGUCUGGAGUUCCCUCAACGCUGCUGCACUCGCCGAGGGUGUGAGGCUCGAAAGCCAGUUCCAGACAGACCAUCUGGCACAGUUGGUCGAGGAGGAAGGGUAUCCGGCAACACUUGCCCCGGCUAUCUUCAGACGUCUUGCCAAAGACGACCAGGACACGACCGGCCCAUGGUCCUCCCUUGACCGGACGAAGGCAGUCUCAUUCGUUGGCAAGACAUUGUUGGAAGCAAAGCAUGGAGGUGCCGACUAUCUUACUGCUGACUUCCUCGAUGCAUGGAAAGACAGCCUACCCGAAGCAUGGCGGACCGAUGCAGAGCUCAAGACCAUCGCGGGCGCAUAUGACUUGCCCUCCUCCAGCACAAUCCGCGCAAAGAGCAAGACUGCCGCAGCCACCAAUGCUGAAAUUACGACGCCCAAACCAGUUUCUUCAACAGGAAAAUGGCACGAGAGAUUCGGCAAAAAUCGAAAGAAAUGAGCUGAAGAAGAGUUGUGUGAUCCGGAUGCGGGUUGGGUGGGAGAAACGACCAACCCUGGGAAUGCGCGGUCAUGUGACUAUUCCUUUGCGCGUCGGAUCGGAUGUCGGAAGACGCGCUUUCCGGGC